AUGCCUCUUUUUCAUUUUGGCAAUUGUUUAGCAUUAGCUUGUGGACCAGUUUUAUUAACAUAUAAAUAUUCGGGUUUAGCUGAAUAUAAUGCAUUUUGGAAAUGUGUUCAAUCGGCAGUUUUUUAUUUAUUCGUUCAAUUCGUUAAAAUGCUGAUUAUAGCUACUUUUUUUCCACCAGUCGAUGAAUCAUCGGUAUUUGUUGUUCAAACAGAAUUCUUAAAAAAUACAGUCGAUAUAUUAGAUCUAGUUGGUUUACAUUUUGUUAUAACACGCAUUUGUGGUAAAACAGAUUUGAAAUAUUUAAUUGCAGCUAUUGGAUGGACUUCCGCUGAAAUUAUUGUUACAAGAUGUUUGCCAUUAUGGGUAGGUGCUCGUGGUAUUGAAUUUGAUUGGAAAUAUAUUCAAAUGAGUCUUGAAUCAAAUAUUACUCUUAUUCAUUAUCUGUCGAUGGCUACGCUUGUCUGGCUUCGGACACGUAAUGAUUUUAAUAAAUCAUAUACUCCACUUAUUAAUGUUCUUCUACUUCUUUCUUGUUAUCGACCAUUGAUUCUCGAGUAA